GACAAAAACGGCUUGGGAUGGGCAACCUCAACUGCCUCGAGCAGUGCCAAGCGAUCCGCGAGCACGACGAGCGGCUCACGUUCCUGCGCCUCGGCGGCGUCUUCAAGCGCAAAAAGUACACCUUCGGGAUUAGCACGGGCGCCGAGGCCGUCAACCUCCAGCUGCACCCCGACUCGGACGAGGUCCUGCUCUGGACGUCCGACGCGCAGGCGACAGGCGCCAAGCCCAACGAGAUCGAAGUCGGCGCCAUCAAGGCUGUGACGCCCAUGGCCACAACGUCGUUCCAGAUCCUCUCGAUGCAGGGCGACGUGCUCCUCGAGCUCGAGGCCGAGUCGGCCGAAGUGCGCACGGCGUGGGUCACAGCGCUCCAGUUUGUGUGCGAACAGGUGCAGUCCGAGCAAGAAGCGAACGGCUCCAACAAGAAAGGUCCCGCGACGCCGACGAGCCUCAAGCAAAUGGUCAAAGACCAAGCGGCCAAGCAAGCGUAUUGGCACAAGCGGCAACAGGAGCUCAAGCAGCGCGAGCUCGAGGCGGAAGAACGCAAGAAGAAGGUUGGCGCCAACGGUAUGAAGUACACCGCGAUAGCCAUGGCGAACCGUUCGUCGUAACCCAUCAUGUGCAAGUACGAUCUGCGACUUGGGCUGCUUCUGCGACCGUUGACACGCUUCGUACUCGGAAAAAACAGCUAAAAAGCUGGCAGGUCGAUGCUGCAUCGCCUCUCGUGUCGAUAGCUGUUCACUCCAUUCUACAACGCGUCGC